CUUUGUGAACGAACAAGCACAGUCGUGAUCAUCAAUCUUUUUUUUUCAGUACGGUUUUCUUAUAUUUAAGUAUCGUGCAAAACAUUAUUAAACAGAAAAAUGUUACGAAGGAGACAACUAUUUGUUUCUUGUUUUAUGUCUAUCGCAGCAUCAACACUUUGUUUUGCGUUCCUGUAUAUGCUAUAUCGUCCAAAAGUCAUGACAAAUGUCGACGUAAUCACAAUUGUUGAGAAGGCAAUUAACAGGUACUUCGGUGACCGCGGUGUGUUGUCUUCGUCAAAUAAGAAAACAUCUGACAUACUUGUGAUAGGCUAUCUAAGAGGUGGAACUACGUUCAUUGGAGAGAUACUUGGACUUCGAAAUGAUAGUUUCUACGUCUAUGAACCUCUACAUAAAAUGGCAGAGUUUGGAUAUUUCAAGCCAGGUCAUGAGUGUAGUAUGUACAACGAAACCUGCAGGAAGUCUAACAAGACUGAUUGCCAAGUACUCAAUGUCAUUCGGGCGAUAAACAACUGUGACUAUAGCCACUACAAUGAUCAAAUACGAACCUGGCAACAACUGAAAUCGCGAGGCAUCGAAUCUCUCAAAGAUCCAAAAUGGAAUAUAUCUUUUCCAGAAUGCAACGGAACAUGA